AAUACCCUCACCCGCCUUCUUCAAUCCUCACUCUCACCUCAAUCUCUCUCUAACCAGAAGCACUGAAACACAAAUUCAAUGGCUUCUUCUUCCACCAUUCUCAAAUUGUUAGCAAUUUCAUUUCUCUUGAAUGUCUGCGUUGCUUCAAGAGCAAUCCCCAAUUCUCUGGCUGAAGACACACAGCAAACUCAGCUCAUGAAAUACCACAACGGCGCUCUCCUCCGCGGCAGAAUCUCCGUGAACCUAAUUUCGUACGGCAAAUUCACCCCUUCUCAACGCGCAAUAGUCGCCGAUUUCAUCACAUCUCUCUCCGAUUCCUCUCCGCCGCAAUCCAACCCCUCCGUCGCUGCGUGGUGGAAAAAAUUAGAAAAGUACUACCACAUCGCCUCCUCUAAAGAGCAAUCGCUCUCUCUCCACCUCAACAACCAGAUCCUCGACGAUUCCUACUCAAUCGGAAAAUCUCUCACCGAAAAACACAUCGUAGAUCUGGCAUCUAAAGGCGAGCAAAUCAACGCGAUCAACGUCGUGCUAACGGCAUCCGACGUCGCCGUCGACGGUUUCUGCCGAAACCGCUGCGGCAGCCACAGAUCUAAAUCGAGCGCCGUCAACGGAAAAAAUCAGAAAUUCGCCUACAUUUGGGUGGGGAAUUCGGAGGCUCAGUGCCCUGGCUACUGCGCGUGGCCGUUCCACCAGCCGAUCUACGGUCCGCAGAGCCCGCCGUUGAUUGCACCGAACAACGACGUCGGAAUCGACGGAAUGGUGAUCAAUUUGUCGGCGCUGUUGGCCGGAACCGCGACGAAUCCGUUCGGAAACGGAUUUUAUCAAGGAACGGCGGAUGCGCCAUUGGAAGCAGCGACGGCGUGCCCCGGGGUGUAUGCGAAGGGAGCGUAUCCUGGCUACGCCGGAGAUUUGCUGGUGGAGAAGAGUAGUGGUGCUAGCUAUAAUGCGCAUGGUGUUAACGGCAGGAAAUACGUGCUUCCCGCGAUACAUGAUCCUUCUACAUCUGAAUGUUCAACUUUGGUUUGAUUUUAUCUAUUUAGGAUUAAUUUUUUUAGAUAGAUGAUUGAAUUCAUUUAUUCAAUUUGUUUGUCUGGUGUAAAACAAAUGGAUUCGGUUUGCUUUACUAUGAUUAUAAAAGAAAAGAGUUACUACUA